UUUGCUUUGCCACAGCCUCUCCAAAAGCAGCACCAAGCGGAUUCGGAACACCGAGAGUUUUGCGACAACGCGGAAAAGAGGCUUUAAACAGACGCGAUGAACCUCGAAAUUUGAUUUACAUAUCCGGGACAUAUUUUUAUGUCACACAUUUGAAGGAAAGCUGCUUUUUUCAUUUUCAUUUUGGAGAGUUUGCUCGAAGCACGCCAGUGAUGGACCAACAUUAGUCUGCUAGAUAUCGUUGGCAUGGGCGGGUUGUUGCAUUAACUGUGACGAGGAGAUGUUAGAAAAUGACUGUCGAACAUCUCUGAAGUUUUAUUUCAAUUUAUUGGAUCAUAAGAAAGACAACAUUAAAACAACAUCCCGCUGAGUGGAAUAACACCUUUCAGAUAUCGGUCACCUAAUGGAUAUCAGUGGGAUCCAAAGAAACUUCUGCGUUUGAUUUGUCACGUUCGACUCCAGCAGUUUCCAACCUUCUGAUUUCAGGUUUAGUAUGGCUCUGUUGAGGUUUGCCAGACACUUUAUAUACAUCACAUGGCUGGGUUUCUUAUGGAGGAGUUCAGCAGAUCUGCCGCGCCUGACAGACCACCUCCACUCUGCCAGUGGACUCUCUGAACUGUGUGGUAUCGAUGAGAUUCUUUGCCAGGAUGAAAAUGCUCUGCUGAGUUUUGAGGCCAUCCGCAGCAUUCACAAAGACAUGGACGACGAUGCAGACGGCAGUGUGGACGUGACAGAGACGGAUGGGUUUCUAAGAGAAGACCUAAAGUACCACGACCCUAAAGGAAAACACAACAGUUUCCACAGAGCAGAUCUGCUGAUCACAGUGGAGGACAUGUGGAACUCAUGGAAGGCCUCUGAAGUAUAUAACUGGACAGUGGAAGAAGCAGAGGAGUGGCUCACCAGUUUUGUGGAGUUACCGCAGUAUGUUGAUUCCUUCAGGAAGAACGUCAUCAGUGGCAAAGAUUUGCCCAGACUUGCAGUAAAAAAUGCUACCCUACUUGUGUCCGUGCUGAAGAUACCAGACCGCAGUCAUGCACAGAAACUGCAGCUGAAGGCUCUGGACACUGUGCUUUUUGGACCUCCAGUGAGCAGACACAGUCAUCUGAAGGACUUGAUGCUGGUGGUGUCCAUCAUUAUUGGAGUUGGAGGCUGCUGGUUCGCCUACAUCCAGAACCGGAACUAUAGGGACCACAUGGGCAAGAUGAUCAAGGACCUGGACGGCCUUCAGAGAGCCGAGCAGAGCCUGCUGGACCUGCAGCAGAAGCUGCAGAUCGCACAGGAGGAGCAUCACACGGUGGAGGAGGAGAAGGUGAACCUGGAGCGGGAGAUGCGGGGCGAGAUUGAAUCAGCCAAGGAGGAGGCACAGAGACUCAGAGAGCUGCGUGAAGGAACGGAGAACGAGCUAAGCAGACGGAAAUAUGCAGAGCAGGAGCUGGAUCAGGUGCGGAUGGCUCUGAAGAAGGCCGAGAGGGAGCUGGAGUUGAGGAGCGGCUGGUCUCCUCCUGAUGCUCUGCAGAAGUGGCUGCAGCUCACACACGAGGUGGAGGUGCAGUACUACAACAUUAAGAAACAGAGCGCAGAAAGACAGCUGAUAGUGGCUAAAGAAGGGGCAGAGAAGAUCAAGAAGAAGAGAGGAUCUAUAUUUGGGACGUUCCACGUGGCCCACAGCUCCUCACUGGAUGAUGUUGAUCACAAAAUCCUCUCAGCCAAACAGGCUCUGGGCGAAGUGACUGCUGCUCUGAGAGAAAAGCUCCAUCGGUGGCAGCAAAUUGAGAUUCUGACGAACUUUAAUAUCGUCAACAACCCAGGCAUGUCGUCUCUGGCCUCUGCCCUCAAUGUGGACCCUGCAUUUCUAGGCAUCCGCCCCUCAACACCUCAACAUCUCCUGCUAUCAGAUGACCUGGACGACAUGGAUGAAGACAUACUUUCCCCAGGAACCCUACAGUAUGCCGCCUGGCAGAUGGAUCGGCGAGUGAGUGACCUUUGGCCCGUGGCUUCCGAGAGCCAAUCCCUGUGGAAACAUUCCGCCCCCAGUCUGAUGUCCUUGCGUCCGCGACAUGGAGAGGCGCAGCUGAACCAGAGUUCUCUGAGGUUGGUAGAGGACGACUGUGGGCCCCUGCAGGCCCCCGGACGGCCCCGUGUGCGGCAGACGCGCAGCCACUCCAUCGGCCAUGUGGAGUUUGUCCCUGUGGCUUCUCUGUCUUCCUCUCUGUCUCAUCCCUCCGUCCUGCUGUCCACGUCCUCCUCUUCUCUGUGCUCUCGCUUCUCUGCGCUUCAGUAUCGCUCCUCUUUCUGCACUUCACUGGAGGCUUCAACACACAGCCUGCACAAAACAGACAGCAGCGGGGAUCUGAACCGCUCCGAAUCCGACUCGUCUCUCUCUAUGUCUCAGUAUGGAGACGGCCAUCGCUGCUCCUCGACUCCCCUCUACAAUAAACUGUCCCGAUCCAACGGCGGCUCCUCCACUGACAGCCUUCUGCUGCAGAAGAGCUUCGGCAUGGAGAAGUGCGCCAGUCUGGGAGAGAUCCACUCGCAGCCCUCCAGCCUGAUCUCCGGUGACUCCCUGCACUCCCUCAACCUCACCUCUGAGCAGGACGUCCUGUCUCGAGCAGGUAUCCGCGUGUCCCAGAUCGCCAACAGGAGGAACCUAGUGGACGAGGACAGCGGCUCCACUGGAGAAGACACUGAGGGCUCCAGCUCAGGACGCAAGAAACACGGCUUUCCUAAAAUCUUCCGGAGGCCCAAGAAAUAAACAGGAAAGGACCAGUGCUGUGCUACUUUUGGAGAAGGGUUUGAGUAGGAGGGUGUAAUUUAUGUGGAUUGUUUUUAUGUUUAUUAUUUUUUUCUUGGUGUAAUUGUGUCGACCAACGGCAACAGAAACAGGCAUUUGUUGGGAACAGGUAUGAUAUCACUGUAUGUUUAUUUAUUUACUUCAGAAAAUAAGGACGCCAGCUUAUGGAAGCUUGUUUAUGUCAUGGAAAUCAAUUUUCUCACAUGAUUCUGAUUUUUGUUACUCAGAGCCGUGAGUUUAUAUUUCAGAUUUCAGAUUUGGAUAUAGAGAUUUAUGCAUCUUCUGAAAGCUGGAUGAAUGAGCCUUCCAUUGAUGUAUGAUUUAGGAUACGACGAGGCAUGAGACCAUAACUGGUUCUAAGGUUUACCGCAGUUUCGUGAAGUACCACCAAAAUUUUCUGUUAUACCGUUCUAACAGUACACUACCUGACAAAAAGAGCAACCAAUAAUAACUUGGCUUCUAGUUGAUCAUUUGGAAAAGUGGCAGAAGGUAGAUUUUUCUGUUGAAUCAUCU